GGAAAAUCGUAUAAAUAUAAACACUGGGGAAAGCUUUAGGUUAAGUAUCCAGGUGAUAGUCUCAUUGUAUACAGACGUCUUUCGAGUUUCUUAGGAUCAGAGACGUAGCUCAAGCACAAUGUCUAGACUUAUCCUUCUCUGUUUACUGGGAUGCGUCGUUCUGACGUCAGCAACGUGGAACCGAUACCCACAGUACAACAGUUAUAACAAUUACAACAAUUACAAUCCCUAUCCCACAGGAUAUCCAGUUGUCAAUGGUUACCAGGGAGGUUACCCAGGCAGUUACCCGGGCGGCCACAGACGUUACAGGCGAUCCGUUUAUUCAUACAAAAGAUACGGUGGCGGCAAACGAUUCGCUGGUAGAGGUUUUGGUGGCAGAAUGAUUGGUGGACAACAAUUCGGACAGCAGUUCGGACAGCAGUUUGGACAACCAUUCGGACAGCAGUUUGGACAACCAUUCGGACAACCAUUCGGACAACAGUUUGGACAACAAUUCGGACAACAGUUUGGAAAUAGAUUCAGGAGCAAUGGUUUCAGCAGACAGUUCAUGAACAGACGAUCCUGGUAGACAGAUCUCUUGACGGGUGUGUUCAGAAGAGAGGUAAACAAACGCGAAAUCCGGUAUUUAUCGCGGGUAAUAACUCGUGGGUGUGUACAGUUACAUUGUAGACAGUGUUUAUUGCAUUAAACUGUGUAUUUUUUAAUAAACUCAUUUCAUCAUAUAA